GACGUGUCUAAUUUGGCUUCCCAAGGUUACUGCUAGCUUUUACCACGCGAGGCAACGUAAUCACUUUCGAAUCAUCUAUCAGUUAUAUAUUUCUUUCGACAUUCAUUCAGUAUGAAUACGGAUGUCAUAUGUCUUUUUGAUGUCGAUGGAACACUGACAAAACCACGAAAUAAAAUAACAGAGGAAAUGCUUCAAUGUUUGCAAAAAAUAUCUACCAAAGUACCCCUCGCUCUAAUUAGUGGUUCUGAUUUUCCUAAAGUUUCUUGGCAAAUUGGAGAUUCUGAUAAAGCUAUAAAUAUGUUCACAUAUAUCUUCUCCGAAAAUGGUUUAGUAGUUCAUAAUUAUGGAUGUCAAACAAGUUGCACAAAUAUCGCUGAAUAUGUCGGUGAAGAUAUCCUUCAGAACUUCAUUAACUUCUGCUUGCACUAUUUGUCAAACGUUCGACUUCCGAAGAAAAGAGGAAAUUUUAUUGAAUUCAGGAGUGGUUUGAUAAAUGUUUGCCCCGUUGGUCGAAGCUGUACACAAUCAGAACGAGAAGAAUUUGCUGAGUAUGAUGCUAAACAUAAAAUUCGAGAGAAAUUUGUCAGUGAAAUGCGUUCACAGUUUCAUAAUUCUCCUUUACAAUUCGCCAUAGGUGGACAAAUUAGUAUUGAUGUCUUCCCGAAAGGUUGGGAUAAACGAUACUGUUUACGGUUUCUCAAGGACUAUACUACAAUACACUUUUUUGGUGACAAAACAGACGAAGGAGGCAAUGAUUUUGAAAUCUACAAUGAUCCACGAACUACCGGUCAUUCAGUCACGUCACCAGAGGAUACAGCAGCCCAGUUGAAAGCAUUAUUUCCACAGUGUUUUUAAAUCCCUUUUUAUGUACAAAUAGAUAAUGUACUUUAGGUCAGUAUUAAUAAUAAUAAUAAAACUAAUAAUGUGUUGUUUUAUGACCUUUAUCACACUAUAUAUAUACAUAUACUGCUUUCUUUAGUGUUUGCUUACUUUUGUAUUGUACAUGAACAAUAAUAAUAAUAAAGAUAUUGAUAUAUAUGUGUAUGUAUGUGUAUGUGUUUUUCCACAUAAACAGCUGUAAUUUCUACUCUUUAUUUCUCUGUUUUGUGUUGUUCGAUGAAUGAAGUCCAUCACAAUCUUGCUUAUAUAUUGUUUGAUGUGAAUAUAUAUCAUGGAGUAAUAUAAUAAACAUAUACACAAUUUAUCUUUUGUCCUAACUGCCGAGAGUAACUAUAAUCUUACAGAUGUGUGUGUGUGUGUGUGUGGCGUCUGUGUGUUUUUAUAACAAAGGUGAAAUAAAAACCCUAAAGUCAUAAAAAAUGGGGGUAGUUCUAUGGUAGAACGCUCGCCAACCAUAUACAUGGUCCGGG